AAACACAAGGAAAAUCCCAAACUAAACAACAUCAACUCAUGACAACUAAAGCAGAAUAUGCAACACACUACAUUUUCAAUAAGCAGAUUUGAACAGCCUGAGUCUCGUACAGCUGAAGAGGAAAAUAAAACUUCUGAACUUCAAGUUGUAAAAUGAAACCAUACCAUGAUUCAGGUCAACAGUUUUCUUAAUCUGAAGCUGUCGGUCAGUCCUGCAAGCAGAGAGGAACUGUCAGUAUCAAAGCACUAAUGCACAAUCAGCCUUAAAAAGAUGCAUGUUUCACCUCGUCAGAUUCAAUGAGAGCAGUGAACUUUAUCCUACUGCUGUGUGAGCCGGAAAAUGAAAGCAUCACGCUCCCUGUACUCCUUCUUCAGCUUUGAGACCAAAGUGACGGUGUGUGUGUGUCUGUGUUAUGUGUGUGUGUGUUAUAAAUAGAGCCGAGCAGCGACUGAGACAUGUUACACAGGUGGUCAGAAAGUUUGGAUUACAAGCCCCCGGUCUUAGCGCUUACAUCAGGAAAUCUCUCAUCUCCUGCUUUCAGGGUCUUCUUAUUGUUCUACCUGGGAUUGAUUUCAAGCUGCAGAGAGCGAUAUGAAGCUGUACUGCAUCAAAACAGUGUCCUCUACUGGAGGUUAAAGCACUUACAGUUUUAGUUUAAAUAUUCAAACAUGAUUUGUUGUGUGCAGAAGUUUUUCACUUUGAAUCCUCUAAGAGAGACAAGAUGUAUUUACUAGAGUUCGGUCUGCGGUUUGAAUAACAACAGCAGAGUCAGAAACUGAGGUUUGGGGGGGUAGAGGGCGGGGGGUAUUUCUCAGGCUGAACCUCUUCGGUGGCGCUUGGCUAAUUUUAACUUGCAACAAGCUCAAGGACGGAAAGCAACGUUACAAGAUCUAACAGAAGAAGCAACACGCGUGCAUCGAGACCUUCACAUACACUUGGGUUGAUCCAUUUGAUUACAAGGACGCUGUGAAGUUCCAUAUGAGUAGUCGAUCCCGGGCCUCUAGAGUGCGACAGCAUGUCCACUGUGACUCCUGCUACAGCCGGCGCUGCAGAGCCCGGGUGGAGGUCUCUGUCUGCUGUGCUAUCACCCCAUGCCGCCUGCACUGUGGAGCGCUCUACCACCUGUGCAAAGAGGAGGACCACAUGCUGCUCUGCCCCAACGUGAGGGUACCCUGCCUGAAUGUUGGGUACGGCUGCCCGCUCCACAUGCCCCGGUCCUCGCAGGCGGCCCACCUCCAGGUGUGUCCGGCCAGCGUGGUGUGCUGCUCCAUGGAGUGGCUCCGCUGGCCCAUUGAUGAGACUCACCCACACAAUAACAUCGCCCUGCAGGAAAAUGCAAUGAAGGAAAAAGAGCAACAUGGGGAGGCUCUGGAUCUUGCUAUGGCCUUGGUGGAUCAGUCAGUCCUUUACGACCGCCUGAAAGUGAAGCCACUCUAUCCGGAGCUGAUGGAGGAGGAAGAAGAGGAAGUAAAAGAAGGAAAAGCAGUGGAGGGGUUGGUCAAUGGUGUUGCCAACACAGACACCAAUGAAGAGCAUCUCACAUCCGUUGAUGGUGGGAACGGCUCCUAUCAGAAUGAUGUGGAGACCGUGGAGAACAAUGUGCGACCAGCCGGUGGCAUCAACAAGGAGAGAUAUAACCUGUCCGAGAUGAUGUUUGGCAUGGAGCGAGGCGGCUGCGCUGCUGCUCAGGCAAAACAAGACGAUCCUAAACAAAACCCAAAACAUGGUGAGAAGGGGAAAACCCAGAGGCAGCAGGACCAAAGAGGUACAGAGGGAAGUGGUGCUGCAGACAAAAGCUGCCCGCCGUCAGACACCGGCACGACCGGGCUCGCCCCUUGGCAGGAAGGGGUGCUAGAGCGUCUGGGGAAGGAGCUGACCCCGCAGGAGUACAACAUGUAUUUGGUGCAUCAUGGGCGCAUGCUGGUCUCCCUCGGACAAAUCCCGGCCUGUACGCCGAGGGAGAAGGAUUUUGUUUACGGCAGCCUGGAGCCUAUCCCAGUACAGACCCUGCGCUCUUUCAAGGUCCCUGACAGCUAUCACUACAGGCAGCGGGUUCACCUGUACGACGUAGCUGCCCGGGCUCAGAGCGAUUCUAAAAGUGUGGACACGUCCGACCUCGACACCAACGAGGAGGACUGGUUCACUGAUGAAGCAGCGGCGACUCUGCUGGGCUACGCAGAGCAGUCUGUCAUGGGUCACAAGAUCAGCAAUUGGAAAGCAGCCGAUGGGCUUUAUGUUGACAUGGGAACGCAGACGCACUCGUUCCGCACAGCUCCUUUCAAAGCAAAGACGACGCUGGCCGAGGUGAUGGUGGACAGACCGCUGAAGCUUCUUCUUCAGCUGCAGACAGAGAGGCUGAGCAGCAGAAACAACACAGCCAACUGUGUCUUCACCUACACGUGUGGUCACAGCUUCCACCGCAGAGAGUUUGCUACUCAUUUCAGGAACGUCCACUGUGACAUCCAGAUGGGUCUGAGUGGAUGGUUUGAGCAGAGAUGCCCCCUGGCGUAUCUCGGGUGCACGUAUAAUCUAAAGAGGUUUCACCCCUCCACACAUAAAGCCACUGUCUCCUACAAUCAGCAUCUGAAGACUUUCAACCUGCGACCGACACUUGAAGCCUCAGCAGGUGACGACUCCCAGCUCUCAAAGAACUCAGAGGACUCCUCCACCACUCAGAGAAAGAGAGGAGGUAGAGGAGGAGGAGGACGAGGAGGGGGAGAGGACAUCCUGAGCUUUCUCCCCUACGAGGUGCUGUGCCACAUGGCCACUUUCCUGGACUGUCUGUCCCUGUCUCAGCUGGCUCUGGUGUCAAAGCUCAUGAGACAGGUGUGCUCCACUCUGCUGCAGGAGAGAGGGAUGGUCACCCUCCGCUGGGAGAGGAAGACCUACUCACAUGGAGGAGCCAAGUGGAAGGCCAAACCUGUGUGGGAGUUCAGUCACCUUUUCUCCGCAGUGGACUCGUGGCAUAUGGCAGAUAUCCCUCCAAUUUCUGCUCAUCUUAAAGUCUGUCCAUAUUAUGAGACUUCUCAGCGCACUGAGCCCAUUCCCCUUCCCAGCAUGAGUGAGAAACAGGAGAGCAGCCAGGAGAGCAGCCAGGAGAGGAUAAGUCUUGUCAAUCUUUUCACAGGAAGUAACUGGAAACAAUGACAAAAAGGAAAUACUAUUUAUGUUGUGUGCUGUGUUUAUUUUAGAUAAACACUUAUGUGUUAAUUAAACAGAAAGUACAGGAAUGAUGUCGAACAAAUAAAACAAAUAAAAUCAGCCUUUCCCCUCUUCUUCAU